AUCUGUGUUAAUUAAUAAAUUAUUACAUGGUGUGUAAAAUUCAUGCCAAUCGAAAAUUCCAUUUCUCCAGUUGAUUGACUGUUUUUAUAAAAACAUUUGGUAGGCUCGAAUAGCAAUUGGACUGCACGAAAUAACAUAACUUUAUGCGCUACAGGAUAUGAAAUGCAAAUUAUGUAAAAAAUAAAUGUCUAGAUAAAGUGAAAAUGAAAUUGAAAUUGAAAGUGUGGUGAAGUUCAAAGACUUUUUGAUAACUCCUAAAGAUGGAAAGGCACCUUGUAAAAGACUACGAGAAUCUUUUCAACGUCGAAGAUUACCUUGAACAGUAUUUCAAGGACCCCAAAACAGAGCCAUGGGUUUUAGAGAAGGUCAACGCGUUUUGGAAGAAGUUUAGCACGAAGAAAAAUCUUACUCUUUUGGAAUAUGGAGGAGGUCCUAAUAUCUCUCGUCUAGUGAGUGCAUGCCAGUACGUGGAGAAAAUUGUUUUCAGCGACUUUGCUGAUGUCAAUCGGCAAGCAGUUCACGAUUGGAUGGGUAACAAAGGCUUUAACUGGAAGACAACGUUUGAUUUUGUAGUACAAGAGCUAGAGGGUCAAGAUCAGAAGGCAGCAAGCGACAGGGAGGAUGAGUUGAGAAGUAAGAUUAAAGCUAUAGUUCCCUGUGAUAUUACAGCAAGCAAUCCACUGGAUACAGCGACUUUGACAAAAGACCUUCUUCCACCGUAUGAUGUCGUCUUUACGAGCUACUGUGUUGAAGCUGUAGUUGAAAGUGAUCAGGAGUACAAAGACUCAGUUUAUAAGCUAGCCAACCUCGUAAAACCUGGUGGGUACCUUGUUAUGCACGGCGAUCUUGAGCAAUCUUACUAUAAAAUUGGCGAAUAUAUGUUCUAUAGCUACGGAGGCUUGAACAAGAAAUUAGUUGUAGACAGCCUAGAAAAUGCAAGAUUGAAAGACAUAGUGUGUGACACUAUUCUUCGUUUUCACUAUACGUCACAGCGGCCAUCUUGGUUGAACUUUAACAAAGGAUUUCUCWUUAGUAUCUAUUGUUCAUUCCUCCAACAUGGCCGCCGGUCUUUUAUCUUUUGAAUCUCAUGGGAAUGGUUGAAAACGAUCAAUUCAUUCAAACCCGCCUGUAGAAAUUUAUGACGGAGUUGGGGAUUUUUUUGUGUAUGGACAAAGAUAAUUAUUCGAGAGUCCAUUUUCACUAUAGAUAGAUAGAUAGAUUUUGUAUUGGAAGACGUAAAUCGAAAGCUGUUUAGAUAUUAUAGAUGGAUUUWGCACAUGGUCAAAUUUGAAGCAUUGAUAUUCGCAAACUUUUAUCUCAGCACUAUUUCAAUGCGUCAGGAUGUACGGUUGUUAAAGACUUAAAGAAAAUCACCAAUAAAAACUAAAUAAACAG